GGCGAGGCGCGCGGGGAGGAGAGGGCGGAGGAGAGGACUGGGGGCGAGGUUUGCUUCAAGAAGGGGCGUGUGGCCGGCGCAGCGCGUGCACCAGCGGCUCCGGAGCGAGCGGCCGUGGCUGAGAAGGGGAGGGCGGAAAGUUUGUUUCCCCGACGUCAGCGCCGGGCGGGCCGCGAGGCUAGGAGGCGGCGGGAGCUGGGCAGAUCGCGGGGCGGCCGGGGCUCUCGCUCCGACCCGCGCCCGCGACCCUUCCUGGGACCCGAGCCCGAGACCCCCGCCGGCCCCCCUGGGGCCGCUCGCGGGCAUGGACAGCGCGGCCGCCGCCUUCGCCCUGGACAAGCCGGCGCUGGGCCCGGGGCCGCCGCCGCCUCCACCCGCGCUGGGGCCCGGCGACUGCGCCCAGGCGCGCAAGAACUUCUCGGUGAGCCACCUCCUGGACCUGGAAGAGGUGGCGGCGGCCGGGCGGCUGGCGGCGCGGCCCGGGGCCAGGGCCGAGGCGCGGGAGGGCGCAGCACGGGAGCCGUCCGGGGGCAGCAGCGGCAGCGAGGCGGCGCCGCAGGAUGGUGAGUGUCCCAGCCCGGGGCGCGGUAGCGCCGCCAAGCGGAAGAAGAAGCAGCGGCGGAACCGCACCACGUUCAACAGCAGCCAACUGCAGGCGCUGGAGCGCGUGUUCGAGCGCACGCACUACCCCGACGCCUUUGUGCGCGAGGAGCUUGCCCGGCGCGUCAACCUCAGCGAGGCGCGCGUUCAGGUCUGGUUUCAGAACCGCCGCGCCAAGUUCCGCAGGAAUGAAAGGGCCAUGCUGGCCAGCCGCUCUGCCUCGCUGCUCAAGUCCUACAGCCAGGAGGCCGCCAUCGAGCAGCCUGUGGCUCCCCGGCCCACCGCCCUGAGUCCAGAUUAUCUCUCCUGGACAGCCUCGUCCCCCUACAGCACAGUGCCACCCUACAGCCCUGGGAGCUCAGGCCCCGCAACCCCAGGGGUCAACAUGGCCAACAGCAUCGCCAGCCUCCGUCUCAAGGCCAAGGAGUUCAGCCUGCACCACAGCCAGGUGCCUACAGUGAACUGAAGUCCAGUCCCACCAGGACCCAGACGCCUCCCUGGGUGGACAGCAAUAGAAAAGGGGGCAGACGCCCAGGAAGUGACCUUUUCCUGGAUGGGCUCUCCUGGCCCGUCUCUCCAGCCUGGACUCCCGAGCCCACGAGGCUGUUGAGGCCCCCGCAGCCGGGCCCAGCUCUUCUGUCCUCGGCCACCAGAGACUGCAGCCCACAACCCUUGGAGGGGUUGGGCCGGAAGGUGGAAGAGCCUGCCAAGGACCUCAUUUAGUUUGUGUAUUAAAACCAAAAAGCUUUUGUCUUUAAGAAAUAAAACCAUUUUUUUAAGCCCCAAAA